AUGAAAGAUUCCUGUGGCGUCAGGAUAACAUCUUAUGUUGUUUCGUCCGUCAUAGCACAAGGGUGCUUGGCAAAGCUGCGUCACAGCCCUUACAUAUUUCUCCAGUUCUUCUUCACGCUCAUCUGUGCUUCAGAUGUGUUUGGAUUAUGGAACGAGCUGUACCCUGGGCACGUGGUUGAAGUGCUAGACAAAGGACUGUGCAUGUAUUUGGACCAGCUGGCCAUCUCCAGUGUGGUGAUUACAAUUGGCUUUAAACGUGGAUAUAUUGAACACGCAGCAAUCAUUUUGCUGUUUUUCACAGGACUUCCAGUACUGACAAAGUUAUUCGGUUUGGAACACGAAAUAUUAUCAAGAACGUUGGUGAUUUUGAACUGUUUGCAUUUAUUUGGACUAGGUGUAUUGACUAGAAACUAUGCAGCUAUGGCUGCAUCGUCGUCUUAUGCUCUUAUCUAUUUUGGUAUCAAGGAAGAGACUGAUGAUGAACCUUGUACUAUAAUGGUGCUGGAUUAUCGCUCUCAGCGUAAUAUUGGAUUGUGUUUUUAUCAGCUUGUUGCUCUACUAACUGCAACGGCAGAUGAUUGA